GAGCUAGACGAAGAGCCGACAGAGGACGCGGAGGCAGAAGUGGAGGAGGGUCAAGACGCGGAGGGCAGCGAUGGUGAAUCCGAAGCAGAGCACGAUGAGACUGUGGCGCAGGACGAAGUUCUGGACAAAUAUGCCGUGGUCUACGAUCAGAGCUUGGACAAGGUCCGAUUUCCCGCGGAUAUCGUGGCAGAGAUCAAGCGCACGUGGCAGCUUUUCUGCUCGAAUGCAGGCUCGCCAGAGGCGGCUGGAGAAUUGAUUUUCAAUGCCUGGUGGGCAGCUGCACCCAGCCUUCACUCGUACUUCAAGACUCCACGAACGGUGCUGUACUUGCGCAUUGUAAUGGGCAUACAGCCGAUCGUCGCGGCUUUGAGCCACCCCACUGAGCUGAAAACGCAGAUUGACAUCAUCUCCUUCCGCCACCUGGAUCGCCCGGUCACGUCCCAGGCCGUGGAGAUUGUGCGCGAUGCCAUGCUCGACAUGUGGGAGGCCGAAUUGGCCUCGGAGUUCACUCCCAAGGCGCGUGCUGGAUGGUUUGCUCUUUUGAACUACUGGGGCGGCGCCUAUGUUUUCUACCAAAGGGAGUAUGCGGCGCGCAUCCGGAUCAUUCACCGCAGCUGGCGGGAAGCCAACAAGGCCGCAGCGCAGCCCGAGGAUGAAGCCGAACUUCCGGCUGUAGCUGCAGCUGCGAGCGAGCAGCCGAAAACGGAGGAAGAUGAGGAAGCAGCGGAGGAGAACCAAGUUGCAGAAGCGCAGAAGCAGGAAGAAGCCGGCGGCAAGGCUUCGACCGAGGUUGCAAAGACGGCCCACGACUCGCAGAUGAAGGUGCCCAACUCCUUCCGUGAGAUGUUUCUGUUCAAUGCUGCUGUGAUGGG